UAUGAAUGUUGAUCUAUACCGUUAUAUUUUUUCGCUGUUCUGUGAUUCCUUUCAUUUCCCACACGUCGAGCUGUCUCUUGUCAUUCGUCAUUCCGUCAACAUCUGUCAUAUUUUGUGAUACAACAUCCAUCCCUUUUUGAACAAGGAAGACUUUCAGCUGGAUGAUAAAAUAAACACUGAAUUUUGAAUAUAAGUAAUAAUACAAAUAACAGAAAAGAUGGAAACUGAAAAACCCGCCGAUCUGGGUGACAAAAAGUCGUAUGCAGGUAUCCCAGAGGCAGAGUUUGUCGAUGAUGUAGAUGCUUAUAUGGCUAGAGCCGAAAAUGCAGGCACCGUAGAAUCAGUUUUGAAAAAAUUAGAUUCACAACACGCAAAAUAUAAAUUCAUGGAGUUCAACUUACUUUCAAAGAAAAAAAGGCUACACACCCAAGUACCCGAGCUGAAGAGAUCACUAUCCAUGAUCAGUAAGUUGGAACAGGAAAAAAAGGAGUUCGAAACGUUAUUUUUCCUAAGUGAACAAGUUUUUGCAAAAGCUAAGGUUCCUGCAACAGAUACAGUCUUUUUAUGGUUAGGAGCAAAUGUGAUGUUAGAAUACAGUUUAGAUGAUGCUAGGAAACUGCUGGCACAGAACGUGGCUGCAGCUACAAAGAAUCUAGCUCAUGUGGAGUAUGAUCUCGACUUUCUAAGGGACCAAUUUACUACAACAGAAGUGAACAUGGCAAGAGUCUUCAAUUGGGAUGUGAAAAGGAGGCAAGCAGCUAAAGCAGAAACAAAAGAGAAAAAGUGAAAUUUCCCAACCUUAAAAUAGCUUUUAUUAAGACUUGGAAACUUUGUUGACCACUCUGCUUGCAUUUGUGCACCAGAUAUUUUCUGUAAUCAAUAAGGUGUUAAUGCAGCAAUAAAUUCUAAUGAUUUUUCAUUUUAAUACAGAUAUUUUGUUGAAUAGAGAAUGAUCGUCCAUUAUAUGUUAGUCUCAACAUCCUGUAUUCCACAGUUGUAUGUUUUAAUCUUGUAGAUUUGAUAUCAUGAAUAUCAGAAGGUUAAAAAAUCACAAGAAUUACUCACAAAAAGUUUACUGUGAUCAAAAUCUAUAUACUAGAUGUUGAGCUAACUUGAAUAAACUGCUUCUCUGCAAAGCAAACUCUGUUUAUACUAAUGUUUAUUUCAGAAUGUAAUAUACAAAUUGCAAUCAAAAAA